GACACAGUGUAGUGUACCUAGUAACCAACAGCACAUAUCAAUAUGAGAACCUGCAUCGUCUUCGCUCUUUGCGUGGCCGUGGCCACCGCAGCCGCCAUCACCGACUCCAAGGAUGCCGUCAUCCUUCGCAGCGACCUGGAGAACAUCGGCGUCGAUGGGUUCCAGUGGGCAUACGAGACUAGCGACGGCAAAUCGGCGCAAGAGCAGGGACAAUUGAAGAACGUUGGCUCAGAAAAUGAAGCUUUAGAAGUCCGCGGUCAGUUUGCCUACACCGCCCCUGACGGCCAGGUCUACACCGUCACGUACGUCGCCAACGAGCUGGGCUUCCAGCCCCAGGGUGCUCAUAUCCCGAAGUCUGCCUAAAUCUCUAGUCCCAGGAUGUUGUUGACUGAUUUUCGUUUUAGCAUUUAGAGUUAUCAUACGUUUUUGAUUUGUA